AUGGACGUUGCUCUGAUGAGGUCGACGUUCAAGACCGCCUCUUCACUGAGUGCGCGCCGCCAGCUUCAGCAGCUCGGCUCUCCCUCCAUCUGCGCAAGAUGUCUGCUGCAUACCACUCCAGCAAAGGAGGCAACUCCCAUCGCACAUCCUACAGUUCCUGGUCCUCCACCGACCGCGCCACAAGCCGAACCCACUUUUGCACAAAGUCGGAUAGCGAGGAAGAAGCACCAAGCGGAUCAGCUAAGGCAAAGCCAGAACUUCAAAGUCAAUUCGUCGAAGCCUGGUUCUGCGCUGUCGAAGCGAUUCUGGAAGAAUGUGUCUGUCAAAGAGACUGAUGAGGGGCUGCAAAUAUUGUUGGAUACCAGGCCGGUCCGGACAGCCACACGACAAGUCCUCACCCUGCCCAAGAACAAGCGCGCUCUGGCUGCAUCUAUUGCCAUGGAGUGGGAUCAUCUCAUAUCCGCCCAGCAGGCUUUGAGGCAGCAUUACGUUCCUUUGACGUCGCUGGUAUCGCGUGCUAUUGAUAUUGAAGCUGCAGACCAGCAAGAAAAUUCCACAAUCCGGGACAGCAUCAUCACUACCGCGAUGAAGUAUCUGAGCACCGACACCCUUCUAUGCUGGGCCCCCGAGAAGAGUCUUCACGACCCAGUGCAGAGCCGUCCAACGAAGAGCUUGAGGCAGAAGCAAAGAGAAGUCGCAGAGCCCAUCCUUGGAUUCCUCACCACACACGUCUUUCCCGGCGUCGAGAUUGUGGAGAUCCUGUCAGAGGACAGCAUCAUCCCAAGAUCGCAGCCACAGAUGACCACUGAAAUCAUUCGUGGCUGGGUCAGUGGUCUGCCGCCAUUUGAGUUGGCCGCACUUGAAAGGGGAAUCCUUGCUACGAAGAGCUUGCUUGUGGCUGUACGAGUCCUGGUGGAAUGGAGUCAAGAGUGGAAGCACUUGCAAAAGGGACCAGGCAUGCAAGGCAAAUUCGGUAUAGAAGAAGCUGCCGAGGCGGCAACCCUCGAAGUUCUGCACCAGACAGAGCAAUGGGGCGAGGUCGAGGACACCCACGAUGUCGAUAAAGAGGACCUCAGACGGCAGAUUGGCAGCAGCAUCCUGCUUGUCAGCUAG